AUGCAGAUCUUCGUUAAGACUCUUACCGGAAAGACUAUCACCMUCGAGGACAAGGAAGGGAUUCCUCCGGAUCAGCAGAGGUUGAUCUUCGCCGGAAAGCAGUUGGAAGACGGCCGCACCUUGGCCGACUACAAUAUCCAGAAGGAAUCGACCCUUCACUUGGUCCUCAGGCUUCGCGGUGGAAUGCAGAUUUUCGUCAAGACCUUGACGGGAAAGACGAUUACUCUUGAGGUGGAGAGUUCUGACACCAUCGACAACGUUAAGGCUAAGAUUCAAGAUAAGGAGGGGAUCCCACCGGACCAGCAGAGGUUGAUCUUCGCCGGAAAGCAACUUGAGGAUGGUCGUACUCUUGCCGAUUACAACAUCCAGAAGGAGUCGACCCUUCAUCUAGUGCUCAGGCUUCGUGGUGGUAUGCAGAUUUUCGUUAAGACCUUGACCGGGAAGACCAUUACUUUGGAAGUUGAAAGCUCUGACACGAUUGACAACGUCAAGGCUAAGAUCCAGGACAAAGAAGGCAUCCCUCCGGACCAGCAGAGAUUGAUCUUCGCCGGAAAGCAACUUGAAGACGGUCGCACCCUUGCUGACUACAACAUCCAGAAGGAAUCUACACUUCAUUUGGUGUUGCGUCUUCGUGGAGGUAUGCAAAUCUUCGUGAAGACCUUGACUGGUAAGACCAUUACCCUGGAGGUGGAGAGCUCAGACACUAUUGACAAUGUCAAAGCCAAGAUCCAAGACAAGGAAGGCAUUCCUCCGGACCAGCAGAGGUUGAUCUUUGCCGGGAAGCAGUUGGAGGACGGCAGAACCUUGGCCGACUACAACAUCCAAAAGGAAUCGACCUUGCACUUGGUGUUGCGUCUGCGUGGAGGUAUGCAGAUUUUCGUGAAGACCUUGACAGGGAAGACAAUCACUCUUGAGGUUGAGAGCUCCGACACAAUUGACAACGUGAAGGCCAAGAUCCAAGACAAGGAGGGAAUCCCACCAGACCAGCAGCGUCUCAUCUUCGCUGGUAAACAGCUCGAGGAUGGACGCACACUGGCGGACUACAACAUCCAGAAGGAGUCGACCCUCCACUUGGUCCUCCGUCUCCGUGGUGGUUUCUAA